AUGACGACCAAGAAGUUGGUAAUCAUUGGGGCUGCCCCCACCGGCUUGGGAUUUGCUUAUCGGCUCAACGAAUUGCUUCAAGAGGGCAACGAAGAAGCCAAGAACGUUGAACUUCAGAUCUUCGAACAGGUACUCCACGUCGGAAUGUAUCGACAAUAAUCAUAAUUUUUCUAGGAGUCCUUUGCUGGCGGCCUUUCUCAUUCCGAAAAGGAUGACAAAGGCUUCUUGUGGGACAUGGGAGGUCACAUCACCUUCAGUGAGAACUGUCCCUAUUACGAGAAAGCCACCCGUUGGGCCGUUGAAGAGUGGAAUUCCCUCCAACGCAACUGCUUGGUCGACAUGAACUACUUGUUCGACAAGAAAGGCAUUCACUUGGUCCCCUAUCCAGCUCAAUUUGCAGUUCCCCUUUUCCCAGAAGACGUGAAGAAGAGCUGUUUGGCUGAGCUGAAGGAACGUUAUGAGAAGUCAGAGGAAUCAGCUUCUCCUGUUACCUUUGAGGAUUGGAUUCUGAAUAACUUCGGACCUACCAUCCUCAACAUCUUUUUCAAGCCUUAUACGAAGAAAGUAUGGACCGUUGACACCGCCAAGAUGUCCCCUAAUUGGGUGGGUACCCGCGUAGCCAAGCUUCCUCAAGAGAAAUUGGAAUCUCUUUGUGCCAUGAGCACAGACGAAUUGGCCAAGGCUGAUUUUGGUUGGGGACCCAAUGCCUGCUUCACUUUCCCCAAAUACGGCGGUACUGGUGCUGUCUGGCAGAAGAUGGCCGACAAACUUCCUCAGGAAUGGAUCAAGUACAACCACAAGUGUGUCAAUGUUGAUUAUAAGAACAAGAAGAUCACCGUCCAGAAGAAGGAUGGGUCCACCGAAGACGUUGCCUACGACGCCCUGGUCAGCACCACCCCAGCAGAUCUCUUAGUUCAGCACACCAAAAUCUGCCCCGAGAUCAACGUUGAGCACAACAAAGUGUUCAUUGUUGGGGUUGGUCUUGAGCUACCCAUGCCUGAGAGCAUGAAGAACUACACUUGGCUCUACUUCCCUGACCCUGCUGUUCCUUUCUACAGAGUCACUUUCCUCUCCAGAUAUGGUGAAAUGACACCAGAUAACAACAAGUACUGGUCAGUUAUGGUUGAAUGUGCUCGUCAGCCCGAUGACCCAAUCACAGAAGAAGAGAUCAAGAACGCCUCAGUGGAGGGUCUGAUCACCAAGGAGAUCAUCAAGAGAGAACAAAUUGUAUCUGUCUGGUCCACUACAUUGCCUUAUGGAUACCCAAUCCCAACUGUUGAAGUAAGUUGGUCAUUAAAUGCGUAAAUUUAUUUUUUUCAGCGAGACAAUGAGAUGGCUCGAGCUCAUCGCGCCCUAGAGUCCCACGAAAUCUACAGUAGAGGUCGCUUCGGUGGAUGGAAAUACGAAGUAUCCAACCAAGACCACUGCUUCAUUCAAGGAAAGGAAAUUGCUGACAGACUUGUUUUGGGCCAAGAGGAAAAGUUGUACCGUACCGGGUUGACAGAAAAGCGCGGCUAA